CUGAUCAGCCGCUUGAAUUUUCGCGUUAGCAGCGAUAAAAUCAAAUCACCCUCUCCACCACCCGUGCAACCAGUUGAAAGUGAAUGGAAUGCUCACCAGUACAAGUUGGAAGACAUGGAUGACGACUCACGUGCGCUUAUCGAACAAAUGUUGGCCGAAGAACAGUUUUACUAUGGAAGGGAUACAAUAUCCACGUUGCCAACCAAGCGCGAAAAGAAGGCGAACAAAAAGAAGCCAGCUAAAAAACCGAAAGCAGAAAUGGGUGAUGGUAAUCGACGAGCAAGUGGUAAUGCACAGUCCAAGUUCUUGGGAAUCAAGACUGAAGUAUCUUCAUCUUCACUUCCGUCGCAUAAAACUCGGUGGACCGCAGAGGAAGAUCAGCUUUUAAAACUUGCUUUGGAAAAACAUGGCUAUGGAAAUUGGAAGGCGAUUUCGGAAAUGAUAAAGACUCGCAAUCCACUUCAGUGCAAAAAUCAUGCGAGGCAUUGGGUGUUGUCAGAAAAGAUUGAAACUGAUAGCAAAUCACCCAAAGCAGAGCCCGAUCCAAAAGCUCAAGAGUCUAGAGUAUCAGAAGUGCCAGGAACAGCAGCAGCGAUGGAGGACGAAAAAGUGGCAGACACGGACGCAAUCAAGGAUGAAGUGGAAAGUGUUGACGAAGAUGAUGAAUUGAUCUCUGUUGAGGACGACGGCAGUGUCAUUGAACCGUUGUCAGACAUCAUGCCCGUGGAAGCUAAAGUCGAUGAAGCCAUGGAAGAGGAUACCGAAUCAAGUGACGAUAAGACCCAUUCUCCAAACGAUAAUCCAUUACAAACCACAUCGGAUUCAGAACAGGCACAUAUAAAGGAAGAAUCAGACCUGUCAUCUUCCGGUGCAUCGGAAGCCUCUUUAUCUCAACAACAGAAAGAUGCCGAUAUCGCUGAUGAACAAGUUGAAGCUCCCAGUACUACAGAAGAUUCCUCCAAUGAAGUGACAUUACCCGAGAUAAAGGAAGAAGAACAGGAAGAAAAGCAGGACACAACAAUGGAGCAAAAAGCUAUACCCCAUGAUCCUAUACCUGAGAAACAAACCGUUAAAGAAAAUUCGAUGUUUGAUCGGCAUGUGAUAUCUGAGGAAGAACAGCGGAACAACCCAGAAUGGUUCAAUAACAAGCAAUCAAAAACGCCCGAUCGAUACUUGAAGAUUCGGAAUCAUAUGCUGGAUUGUUGGGAAGCUUGCAAACCACGGUACUUGACAAAGACCAGCGCUCGAAAAGGACUGAAAGAUUGCGGUGAUGUGAAUGCUAUUGGCCGUGUUCAUUCCUAUUUGGAGGAUAUUGGGGCCAUUAAUGUCGGUUGUACUACGACUACCCCGCGGCCACCACGAAGGGUACCGCGAGAAUUAUAUGAAGAAGACAAUGGCCCCAUCUUUGACGCCGCUGAUUUGGUGAUUGGUUACGAAGGGCCGCGCAAAAGAAAAGUACGAAACGAGCAUGGUGCAUGGGUGGAUCCAAAGGAAUUGGAAGGACGUGUGAUAGAGCAUGGUCAACCGAAACCAGUCACCUCCACCAACCGUCCUAAACGUGUUAUCAAGAGACCCCAUCAGUAUUUUGGGGGGGAUGAUUUCAGUCGCGGUUAUGAUCCAUUUCGUUUGGUGCCUUUAUCGUAUUACGGUGAUGAGGAUCCUUCUCCCUUUGCAGUGGAAGUAGUCAGUGAUUGCUUGCUGGUCAUGGAUUUCCAUUCCCAUUUGGCGCAUACAGAAAUUAUCGGUUUAUUGGGCGGCAACUUCACGGACGUCGAUGGCACAAAGACGCUAAAAGUUGAAUGUGUGUUUCCGUGUCGUAGUACAAGUACCGGUAUUCAGUGUGAAAUGGAUCCAGCGUCCGAAAUGAAAGCCAGAGAAGUUUUUGCCGAGAAAGGAUAUACCGUGGUAGGCUGGUAUCACUCGCAUCCGACUUUUGAACCCCAACCAAGUAUACGAGACAUUGAAAAUCAGACAUCAUAUCAAACACUCUUUAGACAUGAACAAACCGGUGAUGAACCUUUCAUCGGGGUGAUUGUCACUCCUUAUGACACUGAAAUUGUCAGCAAUCAUUCACAAAUACAAUACCUUCAUAUCAGCAAUCGAUGGGACGGUUCGCAUUCAUUCCGUAUGCCGUAUGCUUGUCGUCGUCAGAUCCGACAGAGUGAGCAGGUCUCUUCUGAGGUAUUGGAACAGAUUCGAACGCUGGUGGCCGAAUUCAAGGAUUACGAACACAAAAUUGACAUGAAUCUCAUCUACGGGUCUCAAACACGGUUGGAGAAGCUCUUGGAUUCCUUGAGGACGCACUUAUUUUUGAAGGAAGAAGAAGCAUCCAAGUUCCUGGACACCGUCAAGGAGCUAAUGGUACGCGAUUUUUGCCAACCAGAACAGUCUGAAAAAGCAAACGAACCACAGUAAAAGAAAAUGUCUCCAGUUCGCAUGGUUAUCUACGGCAGUCCGCACUCAACCACUUGCCAAAUGAUCGAAUCGGUGAGAACCGGAAGAAACCACAAAAGCGCGGUAUACCACUCUGUACAAAAUAAUAUCUUCCGUUGUAUUUAUCAAGAAAAACCCUCUC